GACACAUUAGUUGUCCCCGACUUAGUCAGGUUAAAAUUUAACUGCAUUUAUUUCGAAGUCAAUUAAUCUCACCCCACAUCAUCGUCAGGAAAGUAAAUCUAAGAUCUUAAUAUCUCCGUUCCAUACGUAAUAUUCAUGCAUGCUUUACGAUUGCAUUCUCAAGAGGUUAAUUUCAGAUUUUAAAACAACGUAACAAUUGAAGAAAGACUAGUGCGUAUUGUACUUUUUAUUAAGCUAGGCAGACGCGCCACAGAUGAGACGUCAGUGGCUAAGUUAACCAAAGCACGGCAACGGAUGAUAAAUAAAACCUGUAAUCGCAACUCAAAUUAUGAAUAAUUCUUGCUAUUGAGUGUAAUGCUCAUUGCAGUACAAACAAUUCCAUCACUUCUAACAGCGUGAAUUCUAAAGAUUUUUUACUUAGAAAUUAGAAACACAUAAUUAAUAAAGUCAACAUGCCACUGAAUGAAGUCAAAGUGCCUAUGAAGGAAUACUCGCGGGAGGAAGUGAAGAAGCAUUGCAAUCAGCAGGACUGCUGGAUAAUCAUCGACAGGCAGGUGUAUGACGUGACGCAGUACCUCGCUGAACACCCUGGCGGGGUCGACGUUAUUCUUGAGUACGGAGGCCGCGACGCUACCGCUGCGUUCCUCCAAAAAGGACACUCCGCGGACGCCGAAGAAAUACUUUCUAGCUACUUGAUCGGAUCAUUACGAACCUAAGGACACAAAUUUCUCUAGUCAUAUUUUUUAUGUAUCAGACUAUUUUCCUUCGAGUUUACAUGUUUAUUAUGUUGGGAAUGCGUUCCGCCAAAAAGUACAUUCCGCGGAUGCUGAAGAAAUGUUCUCCACCUUAUUGAUAGGAUCAUUACGCACCUAAGGACACAAAUUUCACUAGUCAUAUUUUUUAUGUAUCAGACUAUUUUCCUUUGAGUUUACAUGUUUAUUUUGUUGGGAUUGCGUUCCGCCAAAAAGAACAUUCCGCGGACGCCGAAGAAAUGCUUCCACGUUAUUGAUAGGAUCAUUACGCACCUAAGGACACAAAUCUCGAGUCAUUUUUUUUAUAUAUCAGACUAUUUUCCUUCGAGUUUACAUAUUUAUUUUUUUUGGGGGAAAUGCGUCAGCACCAGCGGGCACCGGCCAAUUUGAUAAUGCAGUACCUAAAUUUAUCGUUGGUUAUCAGUGAAAAAAAUUUGAUUCGAAAACUUUAAUAAAUUGAAAUUACUUUCGCAAAGUGAACGUCACAUUUUAAUACAGCCGUAGUUAACCCUUUAGUUUCAACACUAAGUACGCAUAAAGAAAUAUACACGUAAUUGAGAAAGAAGUUGUUCAUAUUUCACGCGUAUCAAUUCAGACGUGUCAAAAAU